AUGGAUUAUGAAGAGGAUUAAAAAGAAUUUAAAUAAGAGUAUGGAAUGACUCUUGAAGAGCAACAAUAAUUAGCAGAGAGUCUUAUUAAUGAAUAAUCAUAAGCUUAUGCUGAAUACAACGAACUUUUAUAAAAUUAGAAUGAAUAAAUAUAGUGGUAUAUUUUUAUCAUUAAUAAUAAUAAUUAGAAUAAGAAUAGUAAAAUUGAGAUUGGUUUUUUUUCAUUAUUCUUAAUGCUUAAUUUUAAUAUGUUUAUAUUUGGCUCCAUAUGUACUAUAAAUUAGGUAUAAAAUUAGUACCCAUAAGUUUUCAGGCAGUGCUAACAAACAUGA